CGCUACUUUUGAGUAACUACUACAUGUGUAAGGCAUGGUCGGCUACGAAGUGUGCAGGGAUUGGUUACCCAAGACGAGGCAACGGAUGACCAAUAGGACUGCCCUUUCCCUCUCAUCUAAUUGUUUUGUGAUAGGUUGUAAAUAUAAUCCUUGACCUUGAGUCUCCGUUCUUACUAGCACACGACACUUGUGUGAUCACACUGCUAACGUGCGCUUUGCUCUCUAUUUCAGAUCAUUGCUUGACGAGUGGGAUUACACAUGUGCUAUACUUUUCUAGUCAAAUAGUGCUAUGUUAGCCAAUUAUCACGUAACAUCUUUUUACACUGGGUUCAAUAAACAAACGCCAUUUUCAAGUGAAACUGAAUAGAAACCGCUAGACGCUUCAGCUAAAAUGAGCUGUCCAACUUGUGAAAAUCGUAAUCUUGUUGAAGAUGAAAACACUGGACAACUAAUUUGUGCAGAAUGUGGGACAGCAACAGGUGUUUUUCGAGGAGUUACACAGUCUCAGGAUUUCUGUGAAACUCGUGGAUUACGUGUAAUACAAAAGCAGUUGAAUCCAGUGAAUGCAGACAACUCGGAAACUUUGGAUGUGAAAAUAAUUGAAACAAAUAGUACCGUUAAUCAAACGGCAAAUUCUGUUCCUCGCAAUAGGAAUUGUGAUACAUUAGACGACUUGUUCACUUCGGAUGAUGUAGAUAUCAUCAAUAUAAGCCAGAAAGACAAAUCCAAAGAGAAAAGUCGGCCAUGGCGCCUAUCGGAACCGUUUACAUUUAUAAUGAAAUCUCAAGCAAAUAGUUUAGCAAAAGAGUUAAACCUAUCAGACGAAGAGAAGACAACGUUGUGUGAUGCUGUCUGGAAUAUAUGGCUUCAUUAUUUGGCUAUAACUGGUGAGCUUGGUUCUGAUGCUUGGCUAGAUGCAGCUGUUGCCUUGACAAAAUCAAUUAGUGAGGUAUAUCAAAGCAAAAUUGGUUCAUUAAAAGAAGGAGACAGGCCUCGUCAUAGAAAUCUACGAAGAUGUAAAGAAAAUGUUCGCUACUGUAAUUCUACGCCUUUGCUGUAUGAAAAUGAGUGGGAGUUUAUUAGAACCCGUUUAAGCCAGUUACAAUGGUUUGGUUGGGGUAUGUUGUAUGAACCAGAUGAAGGCCGUGAAAUCGUUAGUAUGCUUCAUGUAUCUCAGAGAAAAAGUAAAAAAUUAGCUCGUGAAAAUGCAAAGUUAACCAGACAACGUAAACGUAAACGCAAAUCAGAUAGUGAUUCUAGUUCAGAUGAAACCGACUAUUUUUCUGAUGAAGACAAUGUCGAAGAUCGCAGUUUUACGCCACGCAGAAAGUCCAGAAGUCGUAAGGGGUUAGAAGAUUCUAAUGAAAAAAAUGUUUCUAGUCCAGUUAAGACUACAGAUUCCGGUGUUUUCCCCAUCAUCAGUUAUGAAAAGUAUACUCGGGAUGUAUUAGCACCAUAUUUUACCAAAAAAUUAUGUCGUUUACCAGAUAUGAGUAAUUUAUUUUGGCGUGGUCAAAUGGAAGGCGGCAUUACUUGUCGAGGAUUACUGGAGCAUAAUAUAUCUGUUUUGUUUUUUGCUUGUUUAACUACAAGUCCUAUACGAAAAGCAUUCAACCCAUUGUUUUCAUCAAGUUUUAUGAAUCCUGGCUUUCCAAAUGUCCCGUAUGCACUUAGUACAAUGAUUACUUUAAAAGAUUUAUUAGACUUGUGUGUUAGUCGCCGUUUACCCUUUAUAGCUGCUGAACAGUUAUUCCCUCCGGGUGCUUUUUGUAUACGUGAUCAAUGUUUACGAAACAUGAUUAGACGACUUCGACAUCCAGAAAUUGAAGUUUUAACGUAUGCAACUGUAAGAAUGCGUGAUUUUCUUGGCUUAAAUCACUUUCCAAAAUAUCCAUUGAUUUGGCUUGUACAUCGUCAUAUAGUUGCUUUAGGUCUUCCAGAAAUUAUGCAUGUAUUUGUAAAGCCUUUAUUAGAAAGAUUACAUAAACAAUGUGUUGCUAUAAAUGAGUUAGUACAACGUCCUUUAUUACAUUUUAUCCAAUGGCCUCGAGUUGUUCGUCCAGAAGUAUUUGCAAUGGCAUUCGUUGUUAUACUAUUGCGUCUUGUAUUCAAAUUCAAUGAUACAUUUGAAUAUCAACUUAGUUCUGUGGCUAGAGCUUUAGAAUCAUUUCCAGAUCGUCCUGUGGAAAGUGCUCAAACCGGUAGUGUUUCACUGUAUGAUCGACCAUUUGUUUGGCUAGCAUGGAUGCAGUAUAUUGAUUCAAGAUUUUAUCCAUCUCAUAAAAUUAAUACAACUCUAUCGAAAAGUGAACGUAUGUCGUAUAGUAAUGAAAAAGUUCGAGAUACUAAUCAACCGUUAAUUAUGACUGCUAGACGAGGCAAUGAAUUGCUCAAUAUAGAAAAAGCAUCAGAUUUAUUAGGUUUAGCAGAAUUCAAAAUUGGUCAAGAUGUUGGUUGGGGUGAGAUAGGUGUGAAAAAGAUCAAAGUAGCUAAUGCUUCAGUUAAAAUGUCAUUAUCACAACCAUUGCGUAAUCUUUAUGGAAAUGACACAACGACAAAUUCCAAUUCAACUACUGAUAAUCACCGCCAGAAACAAGAGCAUCAUCAAAAGAUUGAUGACAGUUUUAUAUUCACUAGUAGUGCUAAAAGCACUCAAUGUAUAUCUCCUAAACCUAUUUUACUUUCAAGUUAUGAACAGGAUGGUCUACUUAGUCCAUUUCGUAAGACACAAUUAAAUUAUUUAUAUGAUGAAAAUAUUAAUAUCAAUGAAUAUUUUCCAAUAUCAUCUAAUAAUUAUAAUACAUUUAGUCAAUCUUAUACAUUUAACAAUCAUACUAUAAGAGAAUGGUGGUUAGAUUUAAUAGAUGUACGAUCUGAUUACUUUCCAAUAUGUACUGGAGAAUGGUCUUUUAACUACUCGAAUAAACAUCUAUGGCAAAAUCGUAACAGAAUGUCAUUUGUAUUACCAAAACCAGUUGAAGAUUUCAUUGCUAAACAUGAUGAAAAUUUAUCUAAAGCAUUAGAUCAUCGUGGUGUAGUGUCUCAUUCUGAAGAUGACAGAAAUCCUUCAACUGAUCUAAGAGUGGAUUCUGUCGUUGAAAUUGAAGAUUCAGAUACAGAAAAACCUCUUUGCUUACAUUGUUGUAAUCCAAGUCAAAGUAUUAAAUGGCUUGUUAAAGUCUGUGCAAUGGUUUGCGGAGCGUCAAACACUAAAUCACUUAUCACUGAAAUUGAAUGCUUGGAACGUUUGUUUAAGUGGAAUGCACCACAAAUAUGCUCCGCAACACUAUCUGGAAAUGAAUUACGUCAUGCUGACUAUGCACUUCUAUCAUUUUUUGAUUUGAAUAUUGAUGCCCCUAUGCUAUCAGAAAUUGUAAAUCAUGAUAGAGUUGGAAAUACAUGA